AUGGGCGAUCUUUGGACGGAGCUCUUUCUGUUCGUUUUUGUGACUCCAGUGUUUUCCAUGGUGAUGCCUGGACUUUGUCCCAGUCAACUAAAAGCUAUCGAGGACUUUGAUCACGAGCGGUUCAUGGGUACCUGGUACGAGGUGCAGAGAACUCCGUUUCUGAUGGAGACGAUGAUCCGUUGCAACAAAUUCCACUACCAAGAAAAAGGCGACAGCGACGAAGGCAUCAUCGUCUACAUGAAAGGGAACCGCCAAUCAGUCUCGACGAUGCUCAGCCAGACUAGGUAA